AUGAAUCCGAGUGGAACGUCGGUACCAGUUCGCGAUCGGCAACAAAUCAUAAGUGGCCUCACGAAGCUUCGGGCCAACAAAUCUACAAUCUUUCCUGGGGCUGCAAGCACGUCGCAGCCUCAAACCACUGAUUAUCAACAGCGCAGCUAUUCAUUGGAUGUUAACUUGCCCCUGACUGACGAGCGCACAAAAAAGAAUGCCCGCCUGGCUGCCUAUCAGAGCGAAGAUGCAGCGUACAAGUCGCCGAUCAAGACAGGUCCUCAAACAACUCUAGAAACAUAA